UUGAUAAAUGUCAUUGCCUGUUGUCAAUGUUAUAGCAAUUGGAAUUUGGAGUCGCUACUCGCUAGACUUGUAUUAGAUUGUAGACUAUCGUAAUCCCUCAAACACAACUUGUUUUUCCGCAGCCGUUUUCCACGUGUUUUAUUUUCUAGUUUUCUUCCAAUUCUGGAUAAUGGGUGUUGACAUAGAAACCUUGUCACCUGGAAAUGGUACUACAUACCCGAAACCUGGCCAAACUGUUGUUGUGCAUUAUACUGGAACUCUCCAGAACGGCAAGAAGUUUGAUUCGUCUAGAGAUCGUGGACAACCAUUCAAAUUUACACUAGGAAAAGGAGAUGUCAUUAAAGGCUGGGACCAGGGAUUGGCAAAAAUGUCAGUAGGCGAGAGAGCAAGACUAACAUGCUCACCUGACUUUGCUUAUGGAUCUAGAGGUCAUCCUGGAGUCAUUCCGCCUAACGCUACACUUAUCUUUGAUGUUGAACUGUUAAGAGUUGAAUGAAUGGUCUUGCCAUAUUUAUAAUAUUAGAUUUUAAUAUUGUGUUACAAAUUAUUUAUUGAAAAACAAUAUAAAAUAUUACUUUUCACUUAUAAGGGGAAGCCCCCUAUAUCACAUGUAGGGCUUGCUUGUAAAUGAAAGAGUCAUAAUUAUAUUUUCUAAAUGCUUGGCUAUCUAGAGGUCCCACUUCAGGUGCUUUCAUUUAUAGCCAAGCCCUACACGUGAUAUAAAUUUCAAGGAAAGCGGUGAUGACGAAUAGGAGGCCUCUCCUUGUUAGCUUAAAACGGUGUAUAUUUGGUUGGUGACUUAGGUUUGUAUUUAUUUUAGAAUUUAGAUUAAUAAUUGUUAUCAUUAUAUUAUUUUAAACGUCACUUUCUCAACAAUUAUAUUUAUCGUUUAUUUCAUUAUAUCCACAAGCUCAUAACUAUAUAUUAGUCUAAUUAUCAGGAUUCAUAAUUCUAAUCUAAGUUGUUAUGUUUUAACGGUCACCAAUAAUAAUAUUCUCACUUAGACAGGAUUUACUGUGAUUGUCAUUUUGAGUUCCUAGUUGUUUGCCAAUGUUCAGAUGCCAUAUUUGCAUUAGAGUUUAAAAUGUAAUGUUUUAUUCACAUUUGGAACAUAUUUAUUUUAUUGAAAUAAAAUGGGUUUCUUAUA